GCCUCUCCCCUCCCUGCGCUCUCCUCCCUCACUCUCCUCUCCUGCAUGGACCUGCAGUAUAUGAGAGCUCCACUGCAGUGUAGAGAAGGGCAGGACGUCUGUGUUAGUACGAUGCGUUAGAAGGAUGGUGCACCAGGAGAAACGUGUUUACCAGGCUCAGAGGAAUGAUAGAGAGUCAAUCAGGCAGAAACUUGCCCUUGGCAGUUUCUAUGACGACGAGCCUGUCAUCUAUACCAGCUGCAGCAAGAGCACCCCAUCCUUCCGACUGCAGAGUGGGGUGAACCUGCAGGUUUGUUUCGUUAACGACAGCAGCAGUGACAAAGACAGUGAUGCUGAGGACAGUAGGACAGAGACAAGCCUGGACACACCACUGUCACCGAUGAGCAAGCAGAGUUCAUCGUUGUCAGACCGGGACACUGCGGAGGAGGACUCGGAUCCGUUAGAUGACUGCAGCGGGUUCUGGCGGGUGCAACGAAAGCUGCAGGAGGAGGCCCGGGUGGCACUGGCUUUAGCUCGACCCAUGGCCCGCAUGCAGGUGGAGGUGGAGAGGCAAAUCCAGCUGCACAGACGUUCACCUGUGGCCGAUCUGCUCCCUCAUCUGCCCCACAUCAGUGAGGGGUUGGUGAAGUGGAACCUGAAGCGUAGGGACAUGAGAGAUAUGAGUCUGGGACAGCUGCAAGUCAUAACAAAUGACUUGCACUCACAGAUUCAGAAUCUAAAUGAGGAGCUGGUGCAGUUGUUACUAAUGAGGGAUGAGCUGCAUGUGGAGCAAGAUGCUAUGCUAGUGGACAUAGAAGAUCUCACCAGGCAUGCACACAGCCAUCAGCGGCACCCGACAGAGAAAGCAGUCUCUAAAUAAACAUCCUAUUUACACGUGUCCGUCUGCAUGCCAUCCAACCUCCCAUACCACAGACUAUUGCUGGUGUUUUGUGUUUUUAACCCAAGCAAUCAUGAUGAUUUUUGGAAACCCCCCCUACUUUAAAAAAGCCUAUAGUAUGAACAUGUACAUCCAAUUUAUCGCAUCACAUUACUCAGUGAAGAAAUUCCCCAAAUCAAAAAAGAAUAAGAUCACUAAUUUCAACAUUCACACAAAUGAGUUGAUACAUCCCUCUCACUACCACUGCACAAUAUAAGUCAUGCUAUUUAUUUGUCAGGAUGGGGGAAUCCUUUUGACCCAUUUGUAUUGGUGUUUUUUAUUUAGUUUUUGGUGAUUUUUGCACAGAACCCUCAUUUUUGGGAAUUAUUCUCCAGCCUUGUUUUAUUAUUUUUUUAGAUCACAGAUUUAAACCUCUCCAAAUGUGCCACAUAAAACACUUGAUUCUAUUGACGUGCUCUGUGUAUUUGUAAAAUGUAUUAUUUUUUUCACUAUGAGCAUUGUAUCAAAGCUGUUUCAUUACUGAAAUUCACUUUUAGCAUCUGCUUGGAACAGACAUUUUGUUCCUAUCAAUAUGGUAUUAACAUAAGUAUAGUCUAGUUUAAAAAAAUGGAGUUGUAUUAAAGUAAAAACCUCCUGAUAGGAAAUAUGCAAAAUCACAUUUUAUGUAUUAUUUAUUUAUGCUAACCAUACAACAUAUCAGUUAUAUAUUAACAAAUAACAGUCAGAGAAUAAUCUAUUUUGUCUGUGUAAAUGUUAAGAGACUUUAUUUAAAGAAUGAAUAACUUGGUUAGACGCGUUAGAUGUUUUCACACUCAGCUUUUUAAGAAUGUCAAUUCACACAAAGAAACUUUAUAUUGUUUGCUUCAUUAAGAAAUGUACUGUACAAUGAUUGUAAUAACGAAUCCAGUAGUAAUAAAUGUUUCAAUUUUGUGAA